ACUUGUUUCCUACCUCAUUCUGCUACGGGCGAUUCUAAAUCAAAAUUCAUAGUUUAAACGCCACGGCAGAGAAGUUGGCCAACAAGCCAAUUAAGCCCCGCCGGCAUCCCUUUGCACCUUCCACCAAGAAAUCCUUUCACCCGUAGUUCUCCUUACUUCUUUUACCUAUUAAACACACUCCAAUACAAAAAAACUUCACGUUUCCUCUUCCUUCAGUCCAUCCAGGCCAAUGUCCUUGCGCCGCCCUCCCCUUCUCCAAACAGACCUGCACCGUUCCUUCCGCCUCUUUUGGUGCCACCACUGCCUCCAUACCAUCCCCGUCAUUCUCCCGCUGUCCACCAACCUUCCCGUCCUCUGCCCCCGCUGCUCCCUGAUCAACGUCGUCCAUGAAUACCAACCGCCCCUGCUUCUUCCGCCAUCGCCCCUGCUUCUUCCGUCAACGCCCCUACCCGCGACUGCUUCUCUUCCCGGCACAGUUCAUCCCCAGGACUAUCACACUGGCCCCAACCUUAACGAGUUCAUCGAGAGUGCCACACAGAAUGACCGUCCGGGGCAGCCGCCUGCACCAACAUCCUCAAUCCAAGCAUUGCCGACCGUGGCCAUCACCGCAGAUCAUCUCAAAGAAGGCUCGCAGUGCUCUGUCUGCAAAGAAGACUUCACCGUCGGGGAAGAGGCGAGGGAGAUGCCCUGCCAGCACGUAUACCACUCUGACUGCAUUGUGCCGUGGCUGAGACUGCAUAACUCAUGUCCUAUAUGUAGGUUUAAGCUACCAGAUGACAACGAGGCUGCCGGUGAGGAGCAAAGAGGAAAUGGUGAUGGUGAGCUGCCGCCGGAGAUUGGGAGUCUGUCCGCUCUCUGGGAGUGGCCGCAUCCUAGAUUAUGGAUGCCAGGGUUGGAGCAGAACCGCUGGUAUGAAAAUGAGCGGAGGGAGGAGGCGAGGAGAUGGGCGGUUCUACUGCAACUUGUAGCUUCUUUUUCAUUACUUGCAUGUUUAAUUUAUUUAUUACUUUAGAUGGUUUAAGGUAUGAAAAAGAACAAUAAAUAUGUGAUGGUUGACUAGGAGUUUAUCAUAAUUGCUGAUCAUGCAAUCUAAGUUUUGUAGACAGGGAGCAAUGGCAAAUUGUGGCGACCCAAGAAAAAAAAGAAUAUGCCCUAUCAACGAAACUUGAUUGCAUGAUCUCUCAGCAAUUGUUGUAAGUUACUACUCAACCAUCACAUAUGUAUAUAUAUUUUAAAUGAAUUAUAAAAUAAAUAAAUAACUAAAA